AUGGCCACCGAGGCUGACCCACCGCCCGACCUCAAUAGCCGGGUGCGAAGUGCUAGCGCGAGUUUUCUUCGUGCAGCUCGUGCCGGAAAUUUCGACAAGGUGUUGGAACUCUUACGUGGAGGCACCGACAUCAACACAUGUAACGCGAACGGAUUGAAUGCCCUGCAUUUGGCAUCGAAAGAGGGUCACAGCGAGGUCGUCAGAGAACUGCUGAAACGAGGCGCUCAUGUGGACUCAGCCACUAAGAAAGGUAACACGGCUCUACAUAUCGCCUCAUUAGCUGGUCAAUCACUGAUAGUCACAAUUCUUGUUGAAAAUGGAGCUAAUGUUAACGUCCAGUCACUCAACGGAUUCACACCGCUAUACAUGGCCGCCCAGGAAAAUCACGAGGAUGUGGUCAGAUUCCUGUUGUCACAUGGCGCUAACCAAGCGCUUUCAACUGAGGAUGGCUUCACGCCUCUUGCGGUCGCACUACAGCAAGGUCAUGAUCGGGUUGUAGCAGUCCUUCUAGAAAAUGACGCACGCGGCAAAGUGCGUCUACCAGCUCUUCAUAUCGCAGCAAAGAAGGAUGAUAUUCGAGCUGCGACGCUUUUGCUUCAAAAUGAGCAUAACGCUGAUGUGACUUCAAAAUCGGGUUUCACACCGCUUCACAUUGCUGCUCAUUAUGGUAACGAGAAUGUCGCACAGCUUCUUAUCGAUAAGGGCGCAAAUGUGAACUACCAAGCACGACACAAUAUUAGUCCACUCCAUGUCGCGACGAAGUGGGGACGGACGAAUAUGGUCGAGCUUCUUCUAAAACAUGGAGCUAUAAUUGAUUCGCGGACGCGAGAUCUACUUACACCGCUUCAUUGUGCAUCCAGAAGUGGACAUGAUCAAGUUGUGGAUUUACUUCUGGAAAAAGGUGCUCCAAUAAGCGCAAAAACAAAGAAUGGACUUGCUCCUUUGCACAUGGCUGCGCAGGGCGAUCACGUUGACUCUGCCCGGAUUCUUCUGUAUCAUCGAGCUCCAGUCGAUGAUGUUACUGUCGACUAUCUCACACCUUUACAUGUUGCUGCUCAUUGCGGUCAUGUCAGAGUAGCUAAACUACUACUGGAUAGAAAUGCUGAUCCGAAUGCUCGAGCAUUGAAUGGGUUUACUCCCUUACACAUCGCUUGUAAAAAGAAUCGUAUUAAGGUUGUUGAAUUAUUGCUGAAAUACCACGCAUCGAUCGAAGCGACUACCGAAUCUGGUCUUUCACCUCUUCACGUGGCUUCAUUCAUGGGAGCCAUUAACAUCGUCAUCUAUCUUCUUCAGCAAGUUUGUAAUCAAUCAGUUCACAUGCGUGGUGAGACGCCUUUACAUUUGGCAGCACGUGCAAAUCAGACUGAUGUCGUCCGUGUUCUUAUCAGGAAUGGGGCUAAGGUCGAUGCUCAAGCACGCGAAUUACAAACACCGCUUCAUAUUGCAAGUCGUCUCGGAAACACAGAUAUCGUCGUUCUACUGCUCCAGGCGGGUGCGAAUUCCAAUGCUGCAACGCGGGAUCAAUACACACCCCUACACAUCGCUGCAAAAGAGGGUCAGGAAGAAGUGGCAGCUAUCCUUCUGGAUCAUAACGCUGAGAAGAGUGUGCUUACCAAGAAGGGAUUUACUCCACUUCACCUUGCCAGCAAAUACGGGAAUGUGGAAGUAUGUAGCCAAACUACUUUUGGAACGCGGAACACCGUUUCUUUGUGGCUUUUCUUGCAUGGGAAUGUUGCUAUGCUUCUUCUGGACCAUGGAGCUUCUGCUAGGGCAGCGGCGAAGAACGGCUACACGCCAUUGCACAUCGCAGCAAAAAAGAAUCAAAUGGAUAUCGCUACCACGUUACUGCAGUACCAUCCGGAUCCGAAUGCAAAAUCCCGUGCAGGCUUUACUCCUCUUCAUUUGGCUGCGCAAGAAGGGCACCGCGAAAUGUCGGCUGUUCUGAUUGAGAAUGGAUCUGAUGUUGGGUCUAAGGCUAACAAUGGACUGACAGCAAUGCAUUUGUGCGCUCAAGAAGACCGAGUUCCCGUUGCAGAAGAGCUGGUAAAACAUGGUGCUGACGUAAAUUGCAAGACAAACGCCGGCUACACUCCGUUGCACGUAGCUUGUCAUUUUGGACAGCUGAAUAUGGUUCGUUUCCUUGUUGAACAUGGGGCUAACUUGGGUGAGACCACUCAUGCCAGCUACACGCCGCUGCACCAGGCAGCUCAACAAGGUCAUAAUCACUGUGUACGAUACUUGCUUGAACAUGGAGCAUCACCAAACGUGCAAACAACGAACGGGCAGACGCCUUUGUCAAUCGCACAACGAUUGGGUUACGUUUCUGUGGUCGAGACACUGAAAACCGUGACGGAAACUACAGUAAUCACUGAAACAACAACAGUGGCCGAAGAUCGUUACAAACCGCAGAAUCCAGAGGCGAUGAAUGAAACGAUGUUCUCGGAAAGCGAAGAUGAAGGAGCCGCCGCUGAACAUGAAGCCGCUACGGCUCACGUUAAGGACUUCUCCGAUACACUUACACAAGGCUUGGCUGAUUCAACAGGUGUGCACAUGAUUCACACCGGCGAACAGGCACAACCAGUACUUACUGGCAUGAAUGACACCUCGGCACUAGAUCAUUCAUUUGCCGCUAACGACAACGUUCCUAUCGGACAUCAUAUUGCUCAGCCUAGCUUCCUGAUCUCAUUCUUAGUCGAUGCUCGCGGUGGCGCGAUGCGAGGAUGCCGUCAUUCCGGUGUACGUAUCAUCAUUCCGCCGCGAAAAGCCAGCCAACCUGUUCGGGUCACUUGUCGAUAUCUUAGGAAGGACAAGUUAGCACAUCCGCCACCACUCAGUGAAGGCGAAGAACUGGCUUCAAGAAUUCUCGAGAUGGCUCCUGCAGGUGCCAAAUUCCUUGGACCAGUCAUUCUAGAGGUGCCACAUUUCGCAUCUCUUCGGGAUCGUGAACGUGAAAUAGUAAUUCUGCGAUCGGAUGACGGUCAACAUUGGAAAGAACAUCAACUCGAGGCGACCGAGGACGCGGUUCAGGAGGUGCUGAACGAGUCUUUCGACGCUGAAGAAUUGGCUCAACUCGAUGAUCUCCACACACCUAGAAUCACUCGAAUUCUCACUAAUGAUUUCCCAAUGUACUUUGCUGUUGUUACGCGUGUUCGACAAGAGGUUCACUGUGUUGGACCCGAGGGCGGUGUGAUUAUGUCAUCGGUCGUACCACGGGUUCAAGCGAUUUUCCCGGAUGGAUCUCUCACGAAGACUAUUAAAGUGUCAGUACAAGCGCAGCCGGUGCCACAAGACAUGGUAACUCGACUACAUGGCAAUCGUGUUGCCGUUUCGCCGAUUGUCACUGUAGAACCGCGUCGCCGGAAAUUCCACAAACCCAUAACCUUGUGUAUUCCAUUGCCGCAAAGCAGCAACAAGGGAAUGCUGACACAGUAUUCUGGACAACCUGGACAAGAACCACCGACUCUUCGACUACUUUGUUCUAUUACUGGAGGUUCUGCUCCAGCUCAAUGGGAAGAUAUUACUGGCACAACUCAGCUCACAUUUACCGGAGAUGAGGUAUCCUUCACAACGACGGUGUCUGCUCGAUUCUGGCUAAUGGAUUGUCAAACACCUCGUGAUGCUGCUCGAAUGGCACAAGAAGUCUAUAACGAAGCUAUAUGCAUUCCUUAUAUGGCUAAAUUUGCCGUUUUUGCGAGGAGAACAUUCCCUGUGGAGGGUCAGCUGAGAGUGUUCUGUAUGACGGAUGAUAAAGAAGAUAAGACACUUGAAAAGCAGGAACACUUCAAGAUGAUUGCGAAGUCUCGUGAUGUAGAGGUGUUAAAAGGAAAACACCAGUUCCUAGAAUUUUCUGGGAAUCUCGUACCAGUGACAAAGAGUGGGGAUCAACUGAGCCUGUUUUUCUUACCGUUUCAGGAAAAUCGCCUUGCUUUCAUGGUUAAGACCCGUAACAAAGAUGACACUGAAGCGGCCACUGAAGGACGAAUUGCGUUUAUGACUGAACCAAAAAUUCGCUCCGAGUCCUUAGCACCUCAGCAACCGAUCUGCACGCUUGCAAUUUCGUUACCAGAAUAUACUGGUGAACAACAAAAAGUGGUGAUUAAAAAGGAUGCCACACCAUUUGAGGUGAAAUACCAAGGUGCACUGGAUAAGGAUCUACCUGAUUUCGUACACAAUAAUGUUCUAAAAGGUAUCGGCGCUGAUUGGCAGCGCUUAGCACGCGCCCUUGAACUUCCAUAUAGAGAAAUCCAGUAUAUUCGUCAGAAUUACCCGGGCAAAGAAAUAACGAACGUGCUAAAGAUUUGGAUCCAUUUGAAAAAAGAAGAGGCUAGCCCUGAGCGUCUGGACAAUGCCUUACGUCGAAUUGGACGUGAUGAUAUCGUCCGGAGCAUUGCUCAUGGCGAAGCAGACACACUCAGUUAUGGAACCGGAAGCGACUCACCAGCCAGUAAACGGUUCGACCCAACAUUUGAUGUACCAGCAACAGUAACUCCUCAUGAAGUGAAACAUGAGGAGACCAUUGUAGAACAUCCUGUGAAAGAGGUUAAAGACGAAGUCUCUGAAGUGCGAACUGUCGUUCGAACAGAACGUCAUGUGCACGACACUGUCGAUGGUCCAAUGGUUGAAGAGAGGACUAUCACGACCACGUACGAGGACGACGUAGCCGUAAACGAACAUGUUGUCGACAGAACAGUGCCAUUGAACGAAGAAGAACAGCGGAAAUGGGAAGAGUUGAAUCGUCUGGCUGGUCAUAAGGCUUAUGUUCAAAAUGAAGAAGAACCAUUAGCGGAAGGAAUAGAGCAGGAAGUGGAUACCGAAAAGCACAUAGAACCCGAUGGUACAGUGGUCACCACGACUACUAUCACCAGCCAUCAUAUUUCGCGUAGGAUUAAACCUCACUUUGUAGGAACAACCCAAAAGAAGGAAACUGCUGAGGAGGGAUUCACAAAUGAGGAUGGAUCGGUGGUUGUGUCGAAAAAAAUGACUCGUGUCGUGACGACAACUAAGACAACGUUACCUGGUCAGCUCCCUUUCCAGAGUGUUCUAAAGUUGUCUUCAAAGGGAUUUAGCUCUUAUGAAUGCAGCAAUUCCUAG